AUCCGAAAUAUUAUCUGUGUUGUGCCAACUAGAUAAUUGGUCCAUUUCAAAUGCCCCGCUUUAACACAACUCAUUGAUAAAGAAGGCAUUUGUGCAAGAGCAAUGGCAAACGAGGUCGACAGUGAAUUAACAUCUGCAGUGACUGAUCCGUCUAGUGGUUCUUUGUUAGGUGACAAAACUACAGGAGAGGGUGAUGUUGACUCAUCUGCUGAUUCUUCUCCAGAUACUGAAGGUAAAGAUAAGGAUGACAAGAUGAGACUUCCCAGUCCGAGGACUGCUGAGAAUGUCCCUCACUCUGAACCUGGAUCUACAAUAAUAGAGGAUAAAGAGAACGUCAAUAACAGUGAGAAGAGAGAAAGAGACAACAGAAUUGUGGCUACUUCAGAGACUAAACAAUCUAAAGAAACAGAGAAGGCAAGAGAUAUAAAUGAGAGAGGAGAUGGACUUCAAGACAUAGAUAAAGCAAAUGAGAUGGGUAAGGAUGAAGACCAGGAUCGAGAUAUGAGCUUUGAUGCUGAGAAGGAACCUACGCCCAGUUUGGAAGAUGUUGACUCAUCUGCUGAUUCUUCUCCAGAUACUGAAGGUAAAGAUAAGGAUGACAAGAUGAGACUUCCCGGUCCGAGGACUGCUGAGAAUGUCCCUCACUCUGAACCUGGAUCGACUAUAAUAGAGGAUAAAGAGAACGUCAAUAACAGUGAGAAGAGAGAAAGAGACAACAGAAUUGUGGCUACUUCAGAGACUAAACAAUCUAAAGAAACAGAGAAGGCAAGAGAUAUAAAUGAGAGAGGAGAUGGACUUCAAGACAUAGAUAAAGCAAAUGAGAUGGGUAAGGAUGAAGACCAGGAUCGAGAUAUGAGCUUUGAUGCUGAGAAGGAACCUACGCCCAGUUUGGAAGAUGUUGACUCAUCUGCUGAUUCUUCUCCAGAUACUGAAGGUAAAGAUAAGGAUGACAAGAUGAGACUUCCCAGUCCGAGGACUGCUGAGAAUGUCCCUCGCUCUGAACCUGGAUCGACUAUAAUAGAGGAUAAAGAGAACGUCAAUAACAGUGAGAAGAGAGAAAGAGACAACAGAAUUGUGGCUACUUCAGAGACUAAACAAUCUAAAGAAACAGAGAAGGCAAGAGAUAUAAAUGAGAGAGGAGAUGGACUUCAAGACAUAGAUAAAGCAAAUGAGAUGGGUAAGGAUGAAGACCAGGAUCGAGAUAUGAGCUUUGAUGCUGAGAAGGAACCUACGCCCAGUUUGGAAGAGUCACAACAACAUACGUCUUCUGGAUUUCUACGAGAAACCCAACCACAGAUCAGAGUUGGAGGAAAUGACAAACUGAUAUGGAUUUGUGCUGCUGUUGUCCUUCUUGCAUCUAUGGUUUAUAGUACAUUAUAUUUUUCUGACUCAACUCCACCUGUACCAAAAGAGUUUAAUGUGGUGGACGUGUUCAAUCAGGAAAUGGAAAAACUUAAGACUAGCUUUCCAAAUCAGCGGCCAGAACUCUGGAGGAGGAGUCUGAUUCAUCUCAGACGCCACCUAAAAACUGAGCAGCCCACAGAACCCGUCAGCCUUAUUCUAACGUCUGGUCACAGGGCUGAAAGGACACUUGGUUGUCUGGCUCAAUGCUUGGCUCAUGCUUUUUCCACUGCCCGUAACUCAUCAGUUCUGAACAUUAAUGGAAAAGACAAAGCGUCACAAGACAGUGAUCAGGUCAAGCUGGACAUUGAUAGUGAGCUGAGAAAUGCCUUUGAGGGUAAAAAGUUUGCUGCGGUAAUCCACCGAUUUGAAGAGCUCCCUCCUGGAUCCACUCUCAUCUUUUACCGAUACUGUGACCAUGAGAAUGCGGCUUAUAAAGACGUCUUCCUGGCCUUUACUGUAAUGCUUGAUACAGAAGUGGAAGUGCCAUCCAAUGUCAGUCUAGGGAGAGUUGAGGAGAUGGUUCAAGAGCACGUAAAACAGAGGUUUGUCUCCUCAGACAAGUUAGCUACGUUUAAUCAAAUGGAUGUGGACAAACUGAGUGGUCUGUGGAGCAGAAUUUCACAUCUUAUCUUGCCAGUGGCUGCAGAAGAGAAAAUUGAACAUCAGGGCUGUGGUGGGGACUGUGGUAAAUCAUUUUGAAACAGUUAUUAGACUUUUUUUUAUUACAACUUUAAAUGUUAUACUCAUGAGUUGCCUCACUAAUUGAGGGCAUUUGAACACAAAUCAUACUUUGAAUUUAAAAAAAGAUUCAUAUUUGUAUGUGCUGCUGUAUAAAUGAUGGUCCCUCACAAUUUUCUUUCUUUCACGCUAAAUUAUAACUUUCCAGAUUGACAUUUUAUAGAAGGAUAAAACAAAGUAAUUUUCCCAUUUGUAUUGCUUUUCUUUGUUUUCAUGUAGAUCUUUUUGUAUCUAGAUUAUGUCUUACAUUAAAGUUAUUUUUAAUCUGUAAAUUUGGUUGACCAGGGAUGAACGUGUAAUAUAUGAUGAAUUGUUGAGGUUUUCCUACUUUAAAGCUUUAUUGGAUAAAAUAAACGUGCCUUAAUAAA